AGAACACAUACAGCAGCAUAUGCAGGCAGCGCACAAAGGCAAAUACACAUUUUCUCUAACAAGGUAAUCACUCCGUGUUUGCCCUGGCGAUGGAGGCCCGGAAAGGUCACGGGUGUCUGUAUAGUUGAGGCGGUGACGGUAAUAAUGACAGAUCGGACAGUUGCGCAUCUGCACAGUGUUAUAACAUUGCCGGGAUGUUUAUACAAUAAUUUGAUUUGUGGAUGAUCAUGUGCUGGAUUCUAAUCUGAUUAAAAUAAUCCUUGUGAUUAAUGCGAAUGUGAUAGAGUAGAUGUUAAUGUUUUUAAUGUGAUGCUGACGCUUCAGGCCGUUGCGCGAUCAGACAUCCACGUCGCGGCUGCCCUGGGAGCGGACAGCCUGCUGAACACAUCCCCGGUGUGCCGCAGUCACAGCAGCAACAGUGCCGUUGCCGCGCACUCGCCAUCCGAUCCCGGCUGUGUGGGCGGGGUCGACGGGAGCGCUGGUUGUGCGGAUUCGGAAGCGGAUACGGGACACGCACUCAUCACUCGGCCGCCGUCGCCGCCGCCGGGCCAGGAUCCUUCUUCAUCCCGGAAAAGGAAGGCGGAGAGUCAGCCGGACAACAGCCGGCUUUUAAUUAGCACGAGUACAGGGAACGUUGGUGCAGCGACGCCUACACGGCCCCCGUUUCCUCUUACUGAGAAAAUGCAGGCCUACCCCUCGGUAGGCAGCGGUCACGCCGUGGCAGCGCACGCCCACAACUCCUCCUACUCGCAUUUGCCGGCCGCGGCCGCCGCCGCUUCCGGCUUCUACAAUGCUCAAAGCACGCCGGGCUACUCCACCAUCCUGCAGCAGCCCUACGGAAGAAAUCUGAAGCAAAACGGACAAACCUCGGUAGCCGGGCUCAGUUCGGCGGCCGCCGCUGCCGGCGGUUACAUGCCCACGGCCUUCCCGGGGACGUUCGCCUCAGUGCCGACCGGAAAUAAUCCCUACGCUGCUUACGGUGCCGCAGCGUACAAUGCCGGCGCGUUCUCGGCCAAUCCGUCGUGCAGUUCGCCGGGCUUCAGUCAGCAGCAGGCGCUGGACUACACGUACGGCUCCUACGGCCAGAACCCGGCCUACGCGGCCUACUACUCCCCGGCCAACUACCCGGCCUACAUGCACGCCGCCGCCGCCCAGGCGGUACAGGCCGUCCAGGCCUCCAACACCGCCGCCGCCGCCCACAAUCUCACCGCGCCGGCCGCCCACUCCGCGGCCAACGCGGGCUACCAGCUGGCCGGGCUCAACACUAAUUCCACGGCCGCAGAUUCGCACUACUCCACGUCCAAUAGUAACACCACGGCCACGCCCUCGCCGCCUCUCAAAGAGAACGCUUCCGUGGCGUCACUCAGCAAGAAAGCGCGUUCAUCUAAGAACCGUGGGCGUCGGCAGAACAACCCGACACCGCCGCCCGAGGGCGACAUGGAGCGGGUGUUCAUCUGGAAUCUAGACGAGACCAUCAUCGUGCUGAUCAGCGGCGUCCUGCAGGACCCGCUGCCGCAUCCGGACCUGCAGAACAGGGCGCUGGACUGUGAAUUCUUCCGCAGCAUCUGUCUGCGCAUGGAGACGCUGAUUAUGCAGAUAUCGGAGAAGUGUCUGUUCAUGGAGGAUCUGUACGAGUGCGAUCAGGUGCACAUUGACGAUGUGGCUAGCGACGAUAACGGACAGGAUUUAAGUUCGUAUAAUUUCGCGGCGGAUGGCUUCCGCGCAAUCUCCCCGAACGGCAACCUGUGCAUGGCGUCGGGAGUGCGCGGCGGCGUCGAUUGGAUGCGGAAACUGGCCUUCCGCUACCGGCGCAUCAAGGACAUCUACAACCAGUACCGCACCCAGCCCGAUGUGUUGUGCGGGCAUUGCGGCGUGAGUCGGCAGGAGUGGGUGACGAUGCGGGAGCAGAUCGACAGUCAGACCUUCAACUGGUCGCGGCUGGCGCACGAGUGCCUGAAGAAGAUCGCCACCCGCGACGGCUGCACCAACGUCCUGGUCACGCAGAACGCCCUGGUGGCCGCCAUCACCAAGCUUCUCCUUUUCGGCUUCGCCGAUGUGUUCCCCAUCGAGAACGUCUACAGCUCCGCCAAAGUCGGUAAGGAGACAUGCUUCGAGCGCAUCCUCAACCGUUUCGGCCGCAAGUGCACCUACGUCGUGGUGGGCAGCGGACAUGAGGAGGAGACCGCGGCCAAACAAAUGAACUUCCCGUUCUGGCGCGUGGAAUGCUUCAACCACUUGGUGGCCCUGCGCCACGCCAUCAACGAGCAACACCUGUAAAGGUCACCAGGAGGACGGGGUCCAGCGCUGGCCGUGCAUAUAUACGCACACCUGUGAUACACAAUUAUCCACAACGAUGAACAAGGCAACCACGCAAGUCCCACACCGGCAACUGGAUGGUGUCGUGGAGAUAACUGUGGAUGUUAACAAUUUUACAAUACUCGCGAACUGGGUUGCUUCCUGCUAAUAAUGUCACUUAACAAAUUUCAACCGCUAUUCGUUCCUAUACAUGUUUAUAACGUCGAUGAUCAUCCAGUCUACAAAUGGACGUUGGUUUUCGCUUCUCCUCGGCAGACCCGGUUAAAUUUAUUACUCAUUAUGUACUCUGAAUUACAGCGGUCACUCUUGUGUACAAAAUUAACUUACAGUCAAAUAAAACCGUUC